GAAUAUUUACAUUGAACGAAACAUCACUUUAUAUACAUAUGUAGAUGUCUGUAUAUUUUUAACAGCUGGAGGUCCUUUAUGAACGGUUAACAAUUCACAAGUACUUAAAAUUGCCAGGCACAGGACUAAACAACAUUGAUUGAGUGGAUUAUUUCAAAAAGUAGCUGCAAUACAAUUUAAAUAAACGUCUCAUAUAAUACGAUGAGUUAAAUAAGUGGAUGUUGGACUUGAUGUAUAAGAUGUAUAUGUGAAAUGUCCGUUUGGCGUUGAUUGCAACAUUCUUUAUUGACAAGCCAUGCUAUGAAAGUUCAGGUUACUUCAUGAGCCACUUAUAUCAAGGACAACUUUAUUGAUAGGAUAUAUGCACUGGCUGGUGGUACAAGUUGAGUACAAUGUGAAGAAGGUGGUCGACACAAACAACAGGCAAUCGGCCGAAAUAUCACAAAAUAAACUAAGUAGGUCAGGAUAAAUAUUACACAUGGUGUUUGAGGAUGAUUAAACAGGAAUUUGAAAUUGCAUUCUUAAGUUGACUUCAUGAUAACUAAUUGGACCUCAUUCGGCAAAUACAAAUUUUCUGUGGAGUAGAGAAGCAAGUUCUAAAUGAUAUCACUGAAUAUCUGUCAAUGGGAAGAGAUGACGUUUAUCACGAUCAUAUUAUAGACCACACCAAUUGAACUAUUAUGUGUGUUGUGGGGAAUAUCGUUUUUAUGACCGUUAGUACCAAAAUCGACAUUUUCAAGUGCAGCGUCGGUACACAUGGUAAAACUGUCAAUUAAUUAGUAGAUGUAUAUUUAGUUUUAUUUGAGGAGUGGAAGAAUAUAUCUAAUACAACGGUGACUAAUUACUUCUGAUGUAUACACUAUAUCAUCUGAACCCACAGAUAUUUCUGGAUUUGCAUAUUAUACGACUGGUAAUCUAUAAUCUGACGGCGGAAAUUUCUAAUAUCGUCAAAAACCAUGCCUAAGAAGGUCAGCCUAGCCAAAAAGGGACGGAAGUCUUCAAAUCUAUUCAAACGAUCGAAUACGUACGAUUUGGAAACCUGUGGUACAUACAAUGAGGGGUAUGAUGGCCCACAUUCCCCUACGCUUUCAACAACUAAUGAAACAAUAUUAGGAACGGGUACAGGUACAUUCCGACGAAUUGGGGAUUCAUAUAUUGAUCUUCCAACCAUCGGACAAAGCAAUGACUCUGAUGAGAAAACAAAGGAGAGUUCUCAUGUGAUUAUAAGGGAUAGUGUAACGGAUGCUGGUGUAACGACUUCGCUUAACCGACCAAACAAUUCUCCUCCAUAUUCUCCAAAGGAUGAAGUGUCCUUAAAUGAUAUCUGUGUUAACUUUUCAAUUUCUCCUCAACCCCAGGAAAUAUCUGAAGACAUACAUGUAAAACCUAUCGUACAGUGCAUGAAAAUAGCAUCAUCGUUAGACCACAACCAGUCCGAGAAAUUAUUCUCACCCCAAGAACAUGAAAAGACCGUGGAAUUAUCAUCAUUGUCAGAUCAUGUACGUUCCUUGGAAUUAUCAUCGGCAUCAGAACAUAAAAAGUCUGUUAGAUUACCAUCAUCUUCAAAACAAAAACAGUCAGACCAUAAACAGACCGUGGACCUACAAUCAUCAUCAAAACAUAUCGAGAUGCUAUCAUCAACGGAUCAUGAACAAUAUAAGGACGAUCAAAAAUCCGCACCAUCAUCGAAUAAUGAAAUAUGUAAAAACGUGCCAAAACCAAAUCAAAGAAUUGAAAAUGAUCCUGGUGCAAAUAGAGAUUUAAUUCCAGAAUGUUGCAACAAACCAGAGAUUCAUAAAGCAAAUAGUUUAACUCAUUCAGUUGAAUCAGAAAAAUCACAUACUAGUGAACAGCAAAGCCAAUCUAGUGAUAAAAGUGAAAUUUGCAACGAACCCCAUAAUAAAAAUAUAGCCUUUCUAACUCCGUCCAAUAUUUCGAACCAAACUGAAUCAAAUGUUGAUAAAGAUGAAGCCAUUAAAUGUGAUGAUGUUGUUUUGCACGAAUCUAGUCCUGGAGAUACUGAACGUCUCAAACGUGACUCCAUAUCGGAAAAUGUACCUAAAAAGACCAGUAAACGGAUUUCAUUUGGAGGCACUGAAUAUAUUAACAUGGACCAUGAGGAAACAUCUAUCCAACGAGACCUACAUAUCAAUGCUAAUGUUCAUAUUGAAACAUCCACAAAUAAUAACGUACCAGAUAUUACCAAACUAAACGGAAAUACUCCAUCUACCAAAAAUGGCGGGACCACCUUUUUGAAAAACGGCUCCCUAAGAAAUGGAUCAUUACCAAGACAACAACAUGAAUAUAAAAGUAGAGAAGAGAUCCAAGAAAUGUUCCCAGCAAUUGCUUUAAGGAAGAAGAAGAAGCAAAGACGGAAAGUUGCAGUCGCUGAGAUUGAUCAACCUGACUUGGUUGCUUCAAGACCUGAAAUUUCAGCACCUCAAUCGCUUACGUUGUCAUCGAGGAGAGUAUCGUUCGCCGCUGAUCCGGAUCGGGAACAACCAACUUCAGAAAACGACAUUGAUGAGGAGAAUCCAAAACCACCACGAAGAAGGAGAUCUAUGAGACGACGUAGUAAAUGGUCACUACAAUACAUCAAGGAUCGAUUUGAAGACAAUGAGAUCGAGGAUCUGUACAAGAGAUAUUCACUACGGAUCCAGAGGGACACAUUGAUCGCCCUUCUUGUAAUUUUAGUAUUCUAUGGGGUUUCUCAGAUCCUCCUAAUCAACACAGUCGGAAUGGAAGAUAGUGCAGCUAGUAGAGAGAGUGCUCCUGGCACGAACAUUGUCAUGGGUGUAGGGAUAGGAGGAUCAUUAGUAGGAAUAGCACUGGUCUCAAUUAAACCCGUCUUCGUCAAGUUCAACAAACUCAUCGCUCUCUUCAUCUGGCUCUUCCUGAUGACAACCGUCUAUAUCUUUUUCACAUUUCAAACUGAUAAGCAAUCAUUUGACGAUGUACCCAUGAUAUUUUAUAUGAUCUUCAUUAUCCAUACAAUGAUGCCUAUGAACAGAAAAUGGGCUUUAAUUCUCGGAAGUCUCACUGGCGUUCUAGAUUUACUCGUCCAAGGUAUUCUUCUGCACGUCACUGAAAAUUUCAUUGUGUUUCUGACAGCUAAUCAGCUCGUUUGUAAUGGUUUGAUAUUCGUUUGUGCCAACCUAGUAGGAUUAUACCAUAAAUACUUAACAGAUCUUGCUCAUAGACAAACAUUCCUAGACACUCGAGACUUUAUUGAGGCCAACAUCAAGUUCAGCAGAAGAAGAGAAAAACAGAAUAAAAUGAGAGAAGGAUUGUUACAUAAGAUCAUACCCAAAUACCUCGUCGAAGAUAUCAAACAACUGUUAUUGAAGCGUCUCGUACAAUCCGAACCUGAUGCAACGGGGUUUUAUGACUUAAUGAUUCAACGCCAUGAGCAAGUCAGCAUUUUAUACGCGGAUAUAGUCAAUUUUACACCGCUAACUAAUGAACUAUCCCCAUACGAUCUCGUCAAUGCACUGAACGAACUAUUUGGGAGAUUCGACCAACUGGCCAAGGAGCACAACUGUAUGCGAAUUAAGAUCCUUGGAGACUGUUACUAUUGUGUAUCGGGUUUGCCUGAUCCUAUUCCAACUCACGCGAGAAACUGCGUUAGAAUGGGGCUCGAGAUGAUAAAGGUGAUCAGGGAAAUACGACAUAAAACUGGUGUUUGGACACUAGAUAUGCGCAUUGGUGUGCAUUCCGGGACUGUGCUAUGUGGUGUGCUAGGAUUGAGGAAAUGGCAAUAUGACGUUUGGUCGGAUGAUGUAACAAUAGCAAAUCAUAUGGAGUCGAGUGGAGAAGCAGGGAAGGUACACAUAACAAAAGCUACACUGAAAGAGCUUGGAAAAGAGGGAGAAGAAUUUGUUUGGAAUGAGGCACAUGGACAGGAAAGAGACACUGUUCUCAAGGAAAACAACAUCGAGACAUACUUCAUACAACCAAAAUCCGAGUCUGCUGAUGACGUCAAUGAUAAUACCGACGUAGCAAAGGGUCGACCAAAACGUCCCUUGGCAAGACGAUUCUCUGUGUAUGUGGAGAACUGGGGCGCCGAGAAACCAUUUGUCAGCCUCUCAGAUUAUAUGAUGGAGAAGACAAUGCCACUGUAUGUCUAUGGACAGGAGAUAGGAGAAGAGGAAGAGGCAGAGGUGAAGAAGAGAUUGGAGAGAGCAUUUCACCUUGAAGAGAAUGAUGAUAUUCAUGACUAUAAGGACUGGAUCAAGCUGGAAUCUGAUGAAAUAAGUGCAGUGACCCUGCUGUUUAAAAACACUGAAACAGAAAAUCAGUACUCUAACCUUCCAGACCCUCUGUUCAAAUAUUACAUCGUCUGUGCGUCUAUCAUAUACGCAUGUGUCGUGCUCAUCCAGUUUAUGAUCUUCAACACAUCAGUACUUCAGGUCUGUGUUUUUUCUGUUGGGAUUUUACUGUUCCUAGCUAUGAGUGUUUUUGGUAUGGCUGCUGAUAUUUCAUGUCUCAGAAGAACAUUUUUCUCAAGAGCGUCGGGCAAUAUCACUAGGAGUAAAUGGGCAAAGAUAUUAAUAUCAUUUACAACCAUAAUAUACCUGUUCACAUCAGCUAAUAUAAUAGCAUUUGAGUGUAAGGACGUCCAUGAUGAUCCAUAUAAUUGCACCAAUCAGACAGUCCAGUUAUUCAGAGAAAUGGUGGAGAUAUUGGCAGACGAGGGCGUCUGUGUAUUUGCACCGUAUUUUAUGUAUUCGAGUAUGCUGGCACUAACUGCAUGUAGCGUGUUUCUUCGCCUUAACUGGCUCAUAAAGAUUGCUUAUAUGGUUCUCGGCCUUCUCUCCUACAACUCACUCUUCCAUAUAGUCCUGGCACAUGUUUUUGACUUCUAUGAUGAAUGUCUAGGGCCUGAUAUUCUCCAACUGCGAGUGAGGGGAUCUUUCUAUCUCACGGUUAUGUUCGUCACUUUAAUUGUUCUAGACAGACAGACGGAGAGGAACAGUAGAUUGGACUUUCUUUGGCAAACAAAAAUUGAGCAGGAGAAAGACGAACUUGAACGUAGUGAAAUGCUUAACACAAUGUUAUUGGAGAAUAUUCUACCACGUCAUGUAGCGGAACACUUCUGCAGUCCUGAACUUGGCAAGGGGAGCGUGUAUCACAGGCAUUGUAAGAAUGUCUGUGUGAUGUUUGCCUCCAUACCUAACUACAUCCAUUACUUUUCAACUGUAGCAGGAACACAAGAGUCACUUAGGCUUCUUAAUGAAAUAAUCUCAGAUUUCGAUAAGUUGCUAGCAUUAAAAAGGUUUCGACAAGUGGAGAAGAUAAAGACGAUAGGUAGCACAUAUAUGGCUGCAACUGGGUUGAGUCCCGGGGAGAAUCUCAGAGAAGAGAAUGAUGAUCUGACAUCCAGUGAAAACACUAUAUUAAUGGCUAUGUUUGCCAGUGAAAUGAUGUCAAAACUGGCUGACCUAAGUAAUGACGUACUGUUCGAAUACAAACUCAGGAUAGGUAUUUGCCAUGGGGAUUUAAUAGCUGGAGUCGUGGGUGCAAGUAAGCCCCAAUAUGACAUUUGGGGAGACACUGUGAACGUAGCUAGCAGGAUGGAUACGUACGGCGUCAUUGGGCGGAUACAAAUGCCAGAGGCAACGGCGAACAUCCUGAUGAAGAAAAAAAUCUCUUGCGAGUUCCGAGAUACAAUCAGUGUCAAAGGCAAGGGUAAAAUGAAGACGUACUUACUCUCAGACACGAUUAGAAUGGAUACGGCCAAUGACUCGGUCAGAAGUGACGUAUACUUCCAGUACUUUGCUUAAAGAUUUACAAUGAACGAAAUACAGAAAUAUGGACCAUGCAACUGACUCAUAGUAUGUGUUCGAACCAAGCCCAAAUAUUUGGGAAUUGAAAUAUGACCAUGGAUUCGUCAAUUUAUCAAUUUUUAUUAAUUUUACUUAUGGCUCUUUAGUGUGGCUAGUACAGUAUUCAUCAAACAAACAACGAUUAAACAACCAAACAAACAAUCAAACUAACAAUCAAACAAACAGGCUGGCCCUGAAAGUGGUUAGAGACACUGCUGAUACAAAGCUGUGAUGGAAC